GCGGCGGCUGCUGCGGCGGCUGUGAGCGGCGGCGAUGCGCGGCGCUCCCGGCGACGAUGGAGGACCGGUCCCACAAGGUGCUGCUGGCGCUGGUGAUGCUCUUCCUCUUCGCCGUGAUCGUGCUGCAGUACGUCUGCCCGGGCACCGAGUGCCAGCUCCUGCGGCUCCGCGCCUUCAGCCCCGCCGCCGCCGCCGACCCGUACCGGGCGGAGGACGAGACGCCGGCGCGUUUCGUUCCCCGUUUCAAUUUCUCCGCCGGCGACUUGCUGCGGCGGGUGGACUUCAACAUCAAGGGGGACGACCUGAUCGUGUUCCUGCACAUCCAGAAGACGGGCGGCACCACCUUCGGCCGGCACCUGGUCCGCAACAUCCAGCUGGAGCAGCCCUGCGAGUGCCGCGCCGGGCAGAAGAAGUGCACCUGCCACCGGCCCGGCAAGCGGGAGACCUGGCUCUUCUCCCGCUUCUCCACCGGCUGGAGCUGCGGGCUGCACGCCGACUGGACCGAGCUCACCAACUGCGUCCCCUCCGUGGUGGACAGCAAGAAGGAGGUGCGGCUCCGGCCCUCCAGGAAUUUCUACUAUAUCACCAUCCUGCGUGACCCCGUCUCCCGCUACCUGAGCGAAUGGCGCCACGUCCAGCGAGGAGCGACGUGGAAGGCGUCCCUGCAUGUCUGCGACGGGCGGUCCCCGACCACCGAGGAGCUGCCCAGCUGCUACACGGGGGAUGACUGGUCGGGCUGUUCCCUGCAGGAGUUCAUGGAUUGCCCCUACAACCUCGCCAACAACCGCCAGGUCCGCAUGCUCUCCGACCUCAGCCUAGUGGGAUGCUACAACCUGUCGGUCAUGCCCGAGGAGCAGAGAAACAAGGUUCUGCUAGACAGUGCCAAGGAGAACCUGAAGCGGAUGGCCUUCUUUGGCCUAACCGAAUUUCAGCGGAAGACUCAAUAUCUCUUUGAGAAGACUUUCAACAUGAACUUCAUCUCGCCGUUCACGCAGUACAAUAGCACAAGGGCCUCCAGUGUGGAGAUAGACGAGCAGACUCAGCAGCGCAUCGAGGCCCUCAAUUUUUUAGACAUGGAAUUGUACGAUUAUGCAAAAGACCUGUUUUUGCAGCGGUACCAGUACAUGCGGCAGAAGGAGCACCAGGAAGCGCGGCGGAAACGCCAGGAGCAGCGCAAGAUCCUGAGGGCGAAGCAAGCGCGCCUGAGAGAGCAGGGCGAGAACAGCUCCAGCACUGACUACAUAGGGAACGUGGAGCGGUGGCGGCGGUAGUGGGGGGGGGACUCGCCGGACACCGAAAAUGAAGCAGAACCCAACCCAACCCGCAAAUCGGAGAUGACGGAGCAGUCCAAACAAAUCACGCUUCUCAAGGGUUUGAAGCAAAAAGAGGUUAAAAUGUUGCCUUUGCAGUUGCCUUUGCAGUAAAUGUUGUACUGUACAUGGAACGCUUAAUCUUAGCGUGUAAUUAAAUUGUCCUUUUUAGGUUUGUUCGAUUAUUUAUGAAAUACAGGAGCCAAGUAGGCUCAUCGGAAAUGGUUGCUUGGACGUUUAUUUAAAAAAAAAGAAAAAAAAAAAUCCGUAAAUUAGUUAUGAGUACAAAAUGGGAUGCUGGAAAAUGUUUAUGAUGCUCGGCUGAAAUCUAUCUGGGAAGCAAACUCAUUUCCUAAUAAUGAGCAUUUAGCAUACUCUCACAAUACAGUAUAUGAGCAAAACAUUUUCCCUUUGAUUUUAUCUUAAUUUUAUUUUAAUAAUGUGUUUUCAAGGGCACCGACUGCUUAUGAUAUUUACCAAGUUAAUGAGUGGAUGAUGAAGGGAACAAUAAAGGUCUAGAAAAAAUAUUGACUAGUUUUAUGUAUAAUAUUGGCUUUUAAAAGGAAUAGAAGUAAUUUCUCUAGUUAUAUAAAUAUUUAAAAUUUUAAACUUUUUCUACCUACUGCUGUUUAGAGUUUUAAGCUUGGUCUAUCUCAUAUUAAAAAAAAAAAAAAAAAGACAUACAUACUUUUCUGAACUCAAUGCCAAUGUUAACGACACUGUUUCCAGAAUUUUUCAGGGCAGUAUGAUUUUAACCAUUCUGGAAAAGUUACAGCACAUCUUCAUGUUUCAUAAAGCCUUUUCCAAAUUAUAGUCCUGUGACAGUGUCUAAUUUUAAGUCUUUCCUACCCAUUAGAAUGCAUAAUGCUGAAUUUAUCAUUCCUUAAUAAUUGGUGGUAUAAACUAGAUGAAAUUAUGUUGCAGAUAUUUGUGUAGUGUCUUUAAAAAGUCAUAAAACUCUCUAAUCCCAGCAAUAUUAUGAAGAGAAUUGCUCAAUGGAAGAAGUAGCUUUACACUUGAAUUAGGAUUUACUUCCAGUAAAUCUUUGCUACACCAGAUAAGAACAGGGUUGUGUUUUUGUCUAUGCUCUUGAGCCCUUCUUAGCAAUGAUGGAUGAGCGAUGACUAAAAAUGAUGGAAACCAGUUUUACCAUAGCCAUAGUUAUACAGGAUGAGAAGGUUGCACGGUGCACAGGGAUGCAGCAGCCCGCUCCCGAGCAGGCUCUGCUGGGGCGCAGGGUGCGGAGCUGGAGCUGGACCGGGCUCACUCGCAGCCCUUUGGCCUCACUGAGACUGACAGGGAGAGGAGACGGGGCAGGAGGUGCG